AUGUGUAGUAUGUCGUGGAAGGAUCCGGAGGUUUCAGGGCUCGGUUUCAGAAGUCCUGUGUUGUGCAAUAAAUCUUUGGGACUGAAAGCAAUACUUCAUUUGUUGCGGUGGCUUGUUUGACAGCACCCAAUCUCCAUGGCAGCAGAACAAAUGCUGGAUAACUGUACAGCCGAAACUGAAGAACUCAGAGCUGACUGUUCAUGCGUGGAGUGGGGAUGCAAAGUUACUGGGUGUUGGGUUCAGUAUUUCUAAACACCCGGCGCAAUCUUUAAAGGUUUUGGGAUAGCUGCCCUUCUGUCAGGGCGCGAGAAGCAUGCAGGAAGUCGGGGAGGACAAAUGAGGUGCGAGCCCCAGCAGAAAAGCCCAGGGUUUGCUGAUAGUCGGGGCGGAAUUACGAUGCCGGCGACGGGCUCAAAUCAAUCAGAGAGAGAUCUUUCAGCAGUUUUACAGCCGAAUCCUGCCGCACAGUGACACACCUUCUCGAUCAAGGUUCACUCCCUCUUCAGCUCUAGGUAUCGCUUCACUCUGCUCCUUUCAUUUCCUCUCUUCUUCAUUUAAUGGCAAAUAUACAGUCUUUUGCAUUCAAUGCCUAACAUUAAAGCAUUCAAGUAUAUUUAGCAUAACCCAGAUGCUGUCUGUUUCCAACAAGUUCCCACAGGUUUCAUUACGCAGCAAAUUGAAAGACUUGUUUAAAGGAAUGUGCCCUAAGCUAUCAUAGAGUUGAAAUUCCUUAGAUUUUCUGGGGAUAUGGACACUCACCACACAGCCUGUAAAAUGAUCCACAAAGAUCGUCCAUCGGAUAACAUUUAUGGCUACGCUCUGUCUAAGACUCUGACGAAGGUGGCACCUCCGAUUACAGUGGCACUGUACUCCUCCUGUCACAGUCGAGUCAAUAUGCUCCUCAAGUGCAUAGAAGCCCACAUGAAGAAAGAGGCGGAGAGAAGAGAACAAAAAUAUGAAGGAAGAAUUAAGCCACGUUCUAAGUCCUCUGUAACUUACUUCCUGUGUGCCAUCAUCAAGAUGCUUUUCUUCAUCCCUGUGUGGACUGAACAGAACCAGGGACAGACUAAUGUUCGCUACAUAUUUCUGAAGUUCAGUGCCUGGCACUUUGCUGGCAGUGACAUGCUUUGGGCAGGCUUGGUGAUGAGACUUUAUGAAGGUCUUCAGGAGAGCUUUGGCAUGCUCCUCAUCCCUCUGUACCGCUUCACCCAGCACAAGGAGGAGGAUGUGAAGAAGGUCAUUGAAGAUAGUGAAAAAGACUGGAGGUCAAAGAAGAUCUGCUGCUUCCCCCUGUGGUUACUGACAAUUGUUGUGUUCAUUGUUAUCCCAGUGAUAGUCUUCCUCCUUAUUAUGUGUGCUUUCCCCAAGAGGGAAUAUGGAGGUGAGGAUAUUAAGUCAGAUGAAGGUGAACUGGGGAUGUUAAAAAGCGUCACCAUUGGCAUCCUUGGGGUCCCCGCUUUUGGUGCCGCUCGGUUCAUCUUCCAGCUGAUCAAGAGCGUCAUCAUGAACCCGAAAUUCAACAUCAGGUGGAAUAUGAACAAUGAGAAGGUUAGCAGCAAGUUAGGGUUCAUGAAUGAGGUGUGGAAGGAGAUGCGGGUGAUCUCCUGCUUCAUCCAGUUCAUGGAGGUCUUUGAGAGGAGGAAGAUCCGUGUGGUGCUACAGAUCACCCACCUGGACCGGUGUACACCCAAACGGAUCAUGGGGGUGCUCAAUGCCAUAAACAUCCUUCUGUCAGAUGAGGAGAGUCCUUUCAUUUCCAUGAUAGCCGUUAAUCCGGAAAUCCUGGUGCAGCAGAUAGAUUACGCAGAUGGUUGCUUCUGCAAAGAGGACCAUGCUCGAGCCUUCUUGAACCGCAUUGUGACCUUGCCCUUCACCGUGCCCCAGUUGUGUGAUUUCUCAAAGCGCAAGGUCUUUCACAAUAUUGUCCAGGGCCAAUUGAAGAAGAUCAAACAAGAUUUUUCUGUGGACGAAGUAGUUUUUGGAAAUGAUAAUUCAACAAAAAGUGAACACAUGGAGCUGUUCAGCAAAGACCACAAAGCAGAAAUGGAUGUCACAUUUGAGCUGAAUAAAAAGGAUUUGGAGUGGCUUAUUGAGAAUGCCUUCGAGUGCAUUUACAGUGAGGAUGGUAAGCUCCACAAUUACAUCACGGGGGACACUAUAUCCAUGAGGAGAAUUAUCAAUUCGAUCAGGGUGUCAGUCAUCAUCAUGGAGGCGAUGGAGAUCGAGUUGCCUUCUAUGGAGCUUAUUGCAGCUUGGGUAGUCCUGGCUGACCAGUGGCCCUGUCGUUUGAGUUGGAUUUUGGAGUGUCUAGAGGACGAGCGGCAAAGGGUAGAGCUAGACCCAGAGCCAUCCAUAGCAGUUGCCUCGGAUGAAUCAAGGACACUAUGGGAAGUCUUCAGUGAAUACAGACUGGAGCUCUACAUGAUCAGGGACCAGAUCAACAUGCACCUGGAGCACGACGAAGAUCCUGAGCUGUUUGAGAUGUUUCUCAAGGUUGACUUCAAGCUCACUGUUAAAGAUGCUGACCAGUUUGAGCUGGCCACAGUCAACUUGGACCACUCAAUCAAGAAGGAGCUAUCCAGGAUAAGAGGAAGCAUAGCACGGAGGGACACAGUUGGGAAGAAAACUCUUAUCCCACUCCCAAUGAGCUCUGUGAUCAACAUGACCACAGAGGAUGUCUGCAAUGAGAUGGUGAGGCUCAAACUGCCAGAGAAGUACAGCCAGGUCAUCCGUGAGAAUGAGCUGAAUGGACAGGCGCUCAUCUACAGCGAGAACGCAGAAAUCAAGCGUGUGCUGCAAAUGUCCAUGGGAGAGUGGACAACCUUCAGCAUCCACCUUCUGGGCAUCUGUCCACCCCGGCUUCCUUUGCUGCAGUCUGCGUCUCUUGCCUGUCCAUCUGCAGUGACCCUGGAAGAUUGCUUUCCUUCACUUUGUCACUCUGAGAAGCCCGAGACUGCAUGCAUAUGAUUAAUUAGAAGAGCAGUUGGUAGUCUCUGUUGUAAACUAGAGAGCUGUGAUGGAAGGGUAAGGGCCAAGCGUUGUGAACCUCAAUGGAUAGAGCAAGCAAGGGGCAAAAUUCUCAAAGUGGAUGAGAUCCACUCAUUCAAAACCUGACAUAAUAGGCUCUCUACCCCAGAAAGACUUUCAUUAACCCCUUACAUUCCCUCCUUCUGUAUCGCCCCCUUUUUAACACAAGCCUGAAAAUGACAUGGUUAUGUGCCUGAAAAUGUGGUUAUUAUUCUUGAACCCUUUUGAUGAUGGGCAUAAUCUUGGAGUUUGUUUUCCAAGAGUCAGAAUUACUGUCAAUAUUACUGAAACAAGAUUAGAAAAGCGCAAGCACAGUGGAAGUGGAAGUUUUUUCUCACCUAAAAGAUGAUUUUUUUUCAGUGGAUACAGAUACUUGAGGUUGUGCCUGAUGGGCUUAAAAACACAGUGCAGACACAGCCACAAUGCUGGACAAAUCCUGGUUCCAAUUUGAUGACAAUGCUACCAAAAUUGAACAUUCUGCAUAGUAUUUUUUUCUGAGCUAAGUGUAGACAGGUUUCCAAAAAGGCCAUUUGGAGACAUCCAAAAGGACACUUCAAAAGGUCUUUAGAGGUGUAAAAUUCUAUACACUGUAUACUAAAUGCCCUUGGGAGAAGUAUGCUUAAAAAAAGUUGGUUUCUUUCUCCCUGCUUGUCACCCUCCCCCUUCCUCUCCUCCUUUGUGAGCAUAUGAAAACUAUAUGCAAGGCAAAAUAUUACCUACUGGAAUUAAAUGAAUUCAAACUUUGUCACAUGUAAUGGUCUACAAAUACAAAACAUGUUUUCAUUCCAGAUAAGUUUCUUUUUCUUUUGUCAAUUGUUUUGGCACUGGUUUGUGGUUUCCCAUUAGUAAGCUUAGUCCUUCAAAUAUGAUGAAGCAUAAAUGAAUAGUAAAUGGACUGCAUUUAUAUAGCGCUUUUAUCCAAAGCGCUUUACAAUUGAUGCCUCUCAUUCACCAGAGCAGUUAGGGGUUAGGUGUCUUGUUCAGAGACACUUCGACAUACCCAGGGCAGGGAUCGAACCGGCAACCCUCCGACUGCUAGACAACCGCUUUUACCUCCUGAGCUAUGUCCCCCCUAUAUAUGAAAUAUAGGCAUCAGCUGUCUAUUAAUACUUCUGUAUGAUGUUUUGUCUCCUAGUAACAUUAUUCUCUUUGCUUGAGUCAACUCAAGUCAAUUUUGACAUCCUAGACCAGAGACAAAACAAACAGAUGAUUGAUAAGCAUAUAUGAUUUAACACAUUUUGAUAGUAAAGUUAUUUACUAUAAUAUUCAAAUCUUUUAUUAAACAUUUUAUUAUAAAAAAGGAACUAUGUUGUUUGAAAGCAUAUUCUAUUCAAGUCCACUUUGCUAAUGCCUGUCAUUAAUUACAAGCCUGCAGUGCAUUAUCAUGCUCAAAGAAUGCAGGCAGUCAUCCGCAUCAGCCAUUACCACAAAUAUGACAAUCUUGUGCCAUUAUCUUUAUAUGAUAAGCAUCAAUAUUUGCAUCAUUGUACAUCAAGGUACUAUCCAACAUGUGUACAUGAGGUUCUGACAUGAAUGACUCAAACGUUGGAGACUCGCUGCUUUGCUGCAUUGUUUGUAAGGCAUCUUUCAUAUAGCUGUGUGCAUCUUUUUGGUUAUAAAGACUUUUUCUUUGUAUACUUUGCAGUGAUUGUGAUGCACUAGACGCAGUUGUGCCCGAAAAUGUAUUCGUUAUUCUGUUCUGGAAUAAGAAAAAGAAAGCUAGUGUUUACUACCUUACUGUUGUUUAGUUUAAUAAAAAUAAAUGAAUAAAAAUAAAAACAAUAAAAACAGA